UUGGUAAGUACACCGAUCAUUGCAGCAUGGUCGAGGAGGUCAACCGUGAAGUUCAAAGGACAUCUACUGGACGAUACCGUCAAAAGCGUUUACGGAUUAGCAGUCGCUGAUAUAAACGGUGAUGGUCAACUCGACAUCAUCGCAGGCUCCACAGGCGACCCCAUCGUUGCUUGGUACGAGGCACCCCACUGGAAAAGACACCUCGUAACCGAUCAGGGCAGCGGACACAUCACUAUUGCGCCUUACGAUCUGACCGGCAACGGUACACCUGACCUUAUCGUUGGAAGUGGUUUCAACCGCGGCGUAAACGCUGCCGGUGGCUACCUCCAUUGGCUUGAGGCACCGGUACAAGACGGACAGAAUUGGAAGAGCCACCACAUCGCUGAUGUGCCUUUCAUCCACCGCAUCGCGCUCGCAAAUUUGUCAGAAAGAGGGUCGAGCUCAACGCCUUUCCUCAUCGUCGCAUCAAUCCGUGGUGAAGACGGCAAACCCGGCGAAUGGCGCAGUCCCGGCUCCCUCUGGUGCUAUGAACUGUCAGAUACCCCACAAGACACAGCCUCUUGGCAAUCCCACCUCCUUGACGAUUCUCUUCAUAUCAAUCAUGGUCUGAGCAUCAACGAUGUCGAUCAGGAUGGACGCGAUGACGUACUGAUUAGCUGCACAGAAGGCUUUAAUCUGGUAUGA